AUGACAGCUCGGACACAAAGCCAGAAGCAUCACGAGCGCAAGACAGGCGAGAUACCUCCUCCUCCAGAGAGCCUCUUUCAUGAACUCACGCUGGUGGUCGAAAAUAAUCAAGACAAGGCUCCCAACAUGCCAAACAACCAGGACCACCCUGCGGGCAGUCCAGAGUACCAGGCAGGCUGCCGCCCAGAUCUUCCAAAAGUACCAAAGGUGGACGCGAUGAUGAUGGCGGUGCUCUGGACGAUUCCAGCGGGCACAAGAAAAUACGUAGAUCAGCACCGCGGUGAAAAGAACCUCCCAUUUGCACUUGUGGUUCUGGGGGGCACGUAUAACCUGCCGAGACUGGCUCCGUUCAACCCGAGGAAUGGGACCUGCAGCCAGUACAGGACGAACCAAAACACGUCGGGGAUGCACAGGGAGAGGAUGAGAAAGGUGACGAGUCCGGUAAGGGUGUGGAUCCUGAUGUAGUCUCCCAAGCGGAUCCAGUAAUCGCGAGGGUAGAUUUCCACGUAGUAGCGAGCUAGAUCGAAGUUGUCGGCGUUAACUAUGGUUUCCAUGUUAAUAUCGGGCAGGCGCCCGCGCUCACGCUGGGAUACAUCCAGGUGUCUUAGGUUGUCCAUUUUGGUGGAUCGCUUCUUGACUUGGAUGAAUAGAAAUUAUGUCGGGGCGUUGAUUGGGUGGUUGAAGACUUCCGGCGCCUUGUAAUGGAAACAAUCGUAAGCCUGCUGAAAAAUGUAAAUAAAUAAAAAAGAAGGAUUCUGUGACGUGAUUAGCAUGUUUUCACAGGUAAAGGGGAGUUACUUGAUGAAGAAAAAAAGGCGGAAUGAAAAAGCGAAGGAAGAAAACCAUGACUAGUUCGAUAUUGGCUUGCACCCCCGAUAGCUAAGA